AUGCGGCAACAUCGGGCUGGUAAGAAGCAUAGUGACGCAGAUGCGCUUUCGCGGCAACACGACCCUCCGGAAGUCGGUAGUAAUAGGGUAGAGACAGAUGUUAGUGCACAAAAAUGUAGGGAAUGGUUACUCUCGUUAGCGGAAUGUGACGCUGAGGAAUGUGUAGAUGAGACGGAAUUAGGCGGAUAUACCGGUUGGAGUAUUGAAAACGUGGAAUUAACCGCUCACAACGACGAUGACGAAUGGGACGAUAAAGAGGAUGGUGACGAAAAGGAAGAAAAUGUAAAAUUAGAAGAAGGUGUAGAGUCGGAAAAUAACCUGCCAAGACUUAUAGCCCCUCUUGAGAAGAAUAGAACUGAAUCCAAGACGGUCCUAUGGUAUACGCAACAUUGUGGGUAUCGAUUGAUAGCGCAUGACCCUCGAAAUUUGUCGGUAUUACGAGAUUGGAUCGUUAGUGGAGCACGCCAAGAGUUGGCUCGAAGGGAAUACUUGU